GCAUAUAAGGCGUGGGGGACAAAUUCCUGCAGCCCGGUCCUCAGCACCUGCCAAAAUAGCAGCCAGCCAUUCCCCGCCCCGCUGCUUGUGUCGACACAUUCCUCUCACUGCAGGACUUGGCUCCUGAGCCCAGGGUCCCUCACGCUCCACUCGCUUAAAACCUCAGCCUUCCCCCUGGCGACAGCUAGUUCUCAACGAGCAGACACUAGCCAGCAUCUCUGCUGAGCCGAGCCCAAGGGGGAGCAGACGCCAUGUCGGACACAGAAGAAGUUGUGGAGGAGUAUGAAGAGGAGCAGGAAGCAGAGGCUGAGGAAGAAGAGGAAGAUUGGCUAGAGGACGAGGACGAGCAAGAGCAGGCUGCUGAAGAGGAGGAGGCUGAGCCAGAGGUCGAGGAGUCCAAGGUAGAAGAGGCAGAACAACAAGAAGAAGAAGUUAAAGAAGUGGAAGAUGGCCCAGUGGAGGAGUCUAAACCCAAGCCCAAGCCGUUCAUGCCCAACCUGAUACCACCAAAGAUCCCCGAUGGGGAGAGAGUGGACUUCGACGACAUCCAUCGGAAACGCAUGGAGAAGGACCUGAACGAACUGCAGACUCUGAUCGAGGCUCACUUUGAGAAUCGAAAGAAGGAAGAGGAGGAGCUCAUCUCCCUGAAGGAUAGGAUUGAGAAUCGAAGGGCUGAGAGAGCAGAACAACAGCGUAUCCGCAGUGAACGGGAAAAGGAGCGUCAGAACCGGUUGGCGGAAGAAAAAGCCAGACGAGAGGAAGAAGAGAACCGAAGAAAGGCUGAAGAUGAUGCUCGGAAAAAGAAAGCCCUCUCUAACAUGAUGCACUUUGGUGGUUACAUUCAGAAGCAAGCUCAGACAGAGCGAAAGACUGGCAAAAGGCAGACAGAGAGGGAGAAGAAAAAGAAGAUCUUGGCAGAGAGGAGGAAGGUCUUGUCUAUUGACCACCUGAAUGAAGAUCAGCUGAGGGAGAAGGCUAAGGAUCUAUGGCAAACUAUCUACAAUCUGGAGGCAGAGAAAUUUGACCUACAGGAGAGAUUCAAGCAACAGAAGUAUGAAAUCAAUGUUCUCCGGAAUAGGAUCAAUGAUAACCAGAAAGUCUCCAAGACCCGAGGGAAGGCCAAAGUCACUGGGCGGUGGAAAUAGAGAAGAGGUGGGGUACCUCCUUGGCAUUGAGGUUACCGGGGCUCUAAGGGCCCCAGGCUUCUUCACCGAUCAAUCUGCUAGAUUGAUCUCUACUCCUCUGUGGUGUCAUUGCCCCAUUGUGUCCCUGGCUCCUUUGGUCCACUCUGGAGACCAAAGAGAAUGUUGAACCUGAAUGCACAGAGCUAGCCCAAGUGGGUGGCUUUUUCCCCCUUCCCCAAAUGAACACACAAACACACACACACACACACACACAAAAUGCCUCUAAUAAAAGUCAACACAGACUAAA